UCACCGCGCCGUGUGCUUUGAAAUGAAAUGGUUAUAUAUGCUGGCAUAUGCCACCGUGCUAAAGCCAAUAGCUCGUAUUAAUCAUCGCCCACGCGCUCCUACCAGGGUAUACCCCAACUUACCCAACGACUUCAGCCAUCGGCCGUCGUAUUUCAUUGGAUUACCUCGUAUUUAAUAUCAAAACAUCCAAACAGCGGUACAGCGCCCAUUUCACUGCACUAUACCGACGGUAAAAUACCAUUGACCUGCGGGGAUCUUCCCCGACCGUACGACGAACGGGUCGUACCUGCCCACGUUGUUUGAUCGAGCGGCAAGCCUGGCAUCAUGUUAGGCCAAACGACCGCCACCGGUGAAGGUCGGCAGGUUAAUAUGCAUAAUCAAGAUGCCUCUCCAAGACCGCCCGUUUCAUCGGAACUUGCUCCCGAGUCGCGGUCGCGUCAGGCAACGUCAGCGGCGACUAUAAUGAACGCUGGUAUUUCGUCUACGCCUGUAACCCCCCCUCGUGGCCGGACAAUGGCCCGCUAUCCAGACUCGCUUGGGCGUGUUCCGUUACAUCGGCGUGGCACUUCUAAGACAUAUGAGCGCCUCGAGGAUUUGCUUCGGGAGGCAGGGUACACAGAAACGCGGGUGUUCACACCCGAGGCGGAGCGGUCUGCAGGAAAUCCGUCGGAGAAGCAAGAAGGCCGAUUGAACAGCAGCAUACGAGGUGGUGUGGGUGCUGUUGUUGGCUUUCUUACUGGACUUGUUAGCCGCAACUCAAGUUUGUCCCGCGAGGCCGCAACUUCAAGUGAACCCACCAUGGCAAUUUUACGGCAAACCGAAGGACAGGCGUCCUCCGCUCCUCCCUCACCCUCGCCCCAAGUUAGGCAGUUAAAUGGGUUGACGAAGGCAUCAAACGCGUCUUCAACCACUUCUCUACCCGGUUAUUCGCAGAACCUCUCCUCCGAGAAUUUGCACAUUACGGUACAGCGGAUGCGGAUCAAUUCGGCACUGGGCUCGACAGAGCCCAUUCACCCAUCCGCCGGGACUGCACGACAUAUCGUACAACCUCACCAGUCUUCACUCGGACUCCCGCACCAUUCACGUUAUCACCUUACGCAACAGCAAAGGCCUUCCCUUCAUCGCCAACCAUCUAAGUUAGGCCAGUCAUAUGUACCUACUUCUCAUGCCUAUCUUAGGCAUAUGGCUUCGGCGCCCAACAUACAGCCAUUGAACAAGCGCCCCUCUUCGUCGGAAAUCUCCGUGCGCUCCCAUCAACGACUACAAGCAGCCUAUGGACGCCAUCGCGGGGCACAACGCCAUCAUCGCGCGUUCAAUCUAAAUGAUCCCGAAGUCGUGUCGAAUUAUGAAUGUAAACGGGAACCUAGAGAACAAGUCGCCGAACCGCCUCUACCUCGAAAUUGGCUUGAAUCCGUCACCAAAGCAAUAUUGUCCGGAGCGAGCACGACGUUGACGUCAGAUACAGCAUCCGCCCGGACAGUUGCCACGCAAAAAUCCAGUUCUGCACUGUCAGAACGCUCUAGCUUGCAACGCAAGGGGACCCGACCGACGGGGAAACCAUCGCUGCUACGCCCAGAAGUUCAGGACCAGAAAGCCAAGAUAUGCGAAGUACAAGUACAUCACGCAGUGGUGUUGUGUCGAUCUGCGCCCACCUCACGUGCAAGUUCGCCUGUGCGAACCAGCAGAGUUGACCAGCAUUCGCAAAUACGUUCCGAUAGGUUAAAUCAGUCAGGGAAGGCCAGGGACAAGCAUCCGGGCUCCUGGGGUCGACGGAAAGGAAAAGGCAAAGAUACGGAUAUCGUGCCUUCAUUAGCUAAGACCCGUGUAGAGAAUGAUGGGUGGGAGAUUCAACAUCGUUAUCUCGGAGGCUGGGGAAUGGAUACUCGAGGGAAUGAAUCACCCAGCGAUGAGGAUGAUGAGGACGAUGACGAUGAACUUGGCUUGGACCGAUGGUUGGUUCCAGCUAGGCGGCAACACUCGGUGCGAAGUUUGCGAAAGCACUUGCAACCGCAAAGCAACGAGGUCACAACUAGUAUGGUAGCGGGUGGUUCGGACAGGCCAAAUGUUUUAUCGUCGAGAAGGAGUCGACCGGACUGGUGGAAUCAGUCGUGGGGCACGAACAGGGGGCGUGAACGAACUUCAGGUGAUGGUGGUGAAGAUGAAGAAGGCUACCGCCAUGUUUUUUCCGGGUAUGAGUCCAGCACAGCUAGGAGGAAUAAUAGACGAAGACGAGGACUCCCUGGGACGUGGGUAUAACGGAAGACGACAUCGUAAGUUGACACUAUUUUGCCACACUAUUCAACAUACAUGCAUUUCCAGUCCAUAAAUGUGUUGCUGUGGAUCCAUAUGUACACUCAUUCGCACUUACCUAUAAACUAGUCAGGAUUUGUCGCAUUCCCUCUCACAUAACAUACAU